UGGUCCAACAGAUGGCAACUCAGAUGUGUUUGUAUUGACAUUAAAAGACACGUUUUGUCACCAAAAAAGUGAUCAAAAAUUUUGUUUUUUUUUCAAUCAAUCAAAUGAAUUACAAAUUUAUUAAUGAAAUAACUAUAAGAUAUAACCCGUCGGUCAUCGAGUAUUCACAUACCUAUCAAUUGUUUAUUUGUGGUACGUAUCAGCUCUGCGAAGACCAGUCCGCCGGCGACAAUGACCAGACACUCGCCCGAAUCAACAAUCGUUUCGGUAGUUUGGGGCUAAUCACCCGAAGUAACCAAUUAAUUAGCGACUUUGAGUGUCCGGACGGCGGUGUUUUCGAUCUUAGACUCAUCCGAUAUGAUUCCCGAGACGACUGUCCACUUGUCGCACACGCCAAUGGAUCGGUGGCCAUCUAUUGUGUGGACAAUAUUGAUAGUGACCACAAGUUUCAACUUAUAAGACGUUUUGUCACCGAAUCUAAAUUGUUGACGUGUUUGACCACUAUUUCUGAUAAUGAAUUAGCAAUUACUGGAGAUUCUGACGGAAAGUUAUCUAUAGUCCACUUGACUGAUGACCAGUCAGUUGUUAGACAAUUAUCGGUAACUAAAUUUGGUGAACCCGUGUGGACAUUGUUUAACGUUAGACUUAAUAAUAAUUAUGUGUUGUUUGUCGGCUCAGAUGACUCCAAAUGGAGAGCCUAUUGUCUGACCGCAAAAUGUUUGCCAAACAUUACCGAAGUGUUUACUCAAUUGACACCUCUGUAUGUUAACAAAGAUCCGACGGCUGGUGUCACAAGUUUUGCAACAAAUAAUUCUUCAGACAACAGCUUAUCACUAAUUGUCGGCUCUUAUGAUGAGUUUAUCCGCUAUUAUGACAUUGACUACAUCACAGAUGAUAUAACCGGUGAGUGUCUACAGUUGAGUGUAUUAUUGAAAUAUAAACUACAUAUACCUGGAAGUGGUAUUUGGAGGAUAAUUGUACAAAAAGAUCAACCAAAUCGCCAUUUGGUGUCCGGUAUGUAUUCGGGCGCACAUCUGGUCUGCGAUCAUAAAGUUGUCCAAACUUUGGAACCGUCGGAUACGUUUGGCAAUGAAAACCAUUUGAUUUAUGGUUUAAAUUGUGAUAAAAACUUUACGGACAUACUUAUGGCCUCAUUUUAUGGACAGACACUCUACUUGUUUUCCAUGUGUUGAUGAUCUAUAUAUUUUGUGGCCAUAAAACAACUAUAGUUUGUGGACUUAAACUUUAUUAAUAUUUUUGUUUAUAUUAAAAAUAAUGCUAAUAAUUAUAGGCAUCGCAUAAUGUCGAACAAUAAAAUUAAUUGUAAUUUAAUUAAUUAAUUUAG